CCCGGCCUCUCGCCGUCUCCGCCAUUGCGCUCAGAGGAAGUAGAGCGCCAGGUUGCGAAGGGGGCUGCCCGCGACCGACACCGUACCCUUCCCAGCGUCCACGAUCCACCAAGCCGAGCGCGGGGCUGCCCGGCCUCGCCGCGGCGUGGCGCAAAAGCCUUCCUCACCAAGCCCCAAGCGGCGCCCGCGCGCGGCGGCGCGCCGGCGGCGCGCGCACCGCCCGUGCGCUGCCCGGCACGCCCGACCCCGCGCCGCCGGCGCCCGCGCCCGGCGCCGCCCCGCGCGCGCCGCGCGCCCCGCCGCGGCCGCAACGCCUCCGCCAAGCGCCCCCCCACGCCGCCGCCGCGACCCGCCCCCCGCGCAGGCCACCAUGGGCUGGUUCGAGAAGCUCUACCAGAAGGGCUGCUCCGCCAGCGGCGCCGCGAAAGAAGAACAAGCUAAAAAGCUCCGACAGAACGUCACCAUGACGGAACACCAGGUCGAGCUCGAGGACCUGCUGAAGGGCUACAAGACCAGUCAAGAGAGGGGCCUGACGCCGGAGCAAGCGGCCGCGAACUUGGCCGAGUUCGGCACGAACGAGCUCACCCCCCCACCAAAAACGCCGGAGUGGGUCAAGUUCAUGGACGAGAUGACGGGCGAGUUCAACUUAUUAUUGUGGGCGGCCGGCGUGGCCUGCUUCGUGAGUUACGGCAUGCUGCCGCAGGCCGACAACCUCUACCUUGGGGUCGUGUUGUUCUGCGUCGUCACGGUGACCGGAGUGUUUUCCUAUUUACAAAACGCCAAGUCCGACAACAUGAUGAACGAGUUCAAGUCCAUGCGGCCGCCGCGCGUGACCGUCGUGCGGGGCGGGGAAGUCAGCUUUGUGGACGCGGCUUUGAUUACCAUUGGUGACAUCGUCAAGUUAGAACAAGGAGACUUAGUCCCGGCUGAUAUAAGAGUAUUAGAAUGCUCGCCGAACAUGUGCGUCGACAAUUCUUCGUUAACUGGAGAAUCGGAUCCGAUCAAGCGCAAGCCGGAAUGCACGAACGCGGACCCGUUGGAAACGGCGAACUUGUGCUUCUUCGGCACGCAAGUGCCGGAAGGCUCCUGCGUCGGCGUCGUCGUCAAGAUCGCGGACAACACCGUGCGCUCGCCGCGUCUUGACUGGUAAAGGUGCCUUCACUUUGUUGGUGGGACUCGUAUCAUGUUGUGGGUGGUCUCUUUUUUGAUUUUGAGUGAAUUCGGACCGUCAUCAUCACACGAGAGUCUCCGCACAGGUCAUCGGCAAGAUCGCGCAGCUCGCCCUCUCCACGGAAGCCGAGCAGACGCCAAUAAAUAAGGAGAUCCACCACUUCAUCCAGAUCAUCUCCGCGAUCGCGUUUGCCCUUGGUAUUAGUUUCUUUGCCGCGGCGCUCGGCAUGGGCCAAGACGCCGUUACUUCAUUGGUUUUUAUGAUUGGGAUCAUCGUGGCCAACGUGCGUAUCUCGGCGUCCCGUCGUGUAGAGACGCCUUCACGCCAUCGACGCGACGCGUGGCCAUCUCACGACGACGUGGGUGGUUUCUUUUUGGAUUUCGAGCCAUUUCGGACCGCGUCGGGGCCGUCGUCGCGGCGUGGCAGAGAGAGAGUGCGCGGUCGCGGCGAUGGCGUCGAGGCGAUGCCGCACCGCCUCGACGUCGUCGAUGCGGUCGCCAGAGCGCCCACGCACCUCGUGAGAGAGUCGCGGUCGUGUCGUGACGGCGUCGUGCCACGCAGGUGCCCGAGGGGCUGCUGGCGACGGUGACCGUCUGUCUCACUCUCACAGCGAAGAGGAUGUACACGAAGAAGGUCAUGGUCAAGAACUUGGAGGGUGCGGGCUCAGCGUCGUAUCUCGCCGUUCCGCGGUGCUGCGGCGCCUUCACGCCAUCGAGGCGACUCGUGUCCAUCAGACGACGUCGUGGGUGGUUUCUUUGUUGAUUUUGGGCCGAUUCGGACCACGUCGGGGCCCGCGGCGUGUCAGAGAGUCACCGUGACGCCGUCGACGCGGCCGCCGGAGCGCCCAGGCGCCUCGCGAGAGAGUCGCGGUCGCGGCGAUGGCGUCUUCACACAGGCGUCGAGACGCUCGGCAGCACGUCCUGCAUCUGCUCCGACAAGACGGGCACGCUCACCCAGAACAUCAUGACCGUCGCGCAAGUCGUCUACGACACGAACGGCGCGCCCAAGAUCCAGGACGCCGGGUCCUCAUUUACCAAAGGAAUUUCGACCUUUGAUACUGAAAGUGCGGGUUUUAAGGCCCUGGUCAAGUGUAGUACCUUGUGCAACACGUGCAACUUCGACAAGUACUUCGAAGACGAGGUGACGGGCAAAAGAGUCCUGUUACCCUUCUCCAAGGUCCGGGUCCAGGGCGACGGCUCCACGAUCACGGAAAUCCUCUGGAAGACGCGGGGCAACGCGUCGGAGGGCGCCAUGAUCAAGUUCGCCCAGGGCGGCCCGAUCCAGGCCUGCUUCGGGAAAAGAGACGUGGACGAGAUGCGCCGCGACUUCGGCAAGGUCUUCGACAUCCCCUUCAACAGCAAGAACAAGUACCAGGCGCGGCCGCGGCGUCCCGUCAUGUCCAUGAGACUCGUCUCCAUCUCACGAUGCCGUGGGUGGUUUCUUUUUCGAGUUUGAGGCCGUUCGGACCGCGUCGGGGCCGUCGCGGCGUGUCACGCGUCGAUGGCGUCUUCACGAGACGUCAUCGCCGUGAUCCCACGAGAGUCUACGUGGUCGUCAGGACGCCGCCGACGCGAUGCCACAUCGGACCGCGAUGCUCCGCGCAGGUCCACGUGCACUGCGAGUCGCCGGACCCCGAGAAUGACGACAAGGACCGGACGAUCUACAUGAAGGGCGCCCCCGAACGUAUUAUUGAUCGGUGCACGCAGUACAUGUGUGGCGACGGUCGCGUUGUGGAGUUCACUCAAGAACUGCGCAGUGAGGUCGAGAAGGCCCAGAUGGCCAUGGGCAACAACGGCUUACGCGUGCUAGGCUUCUGCACGAAAACCUUACCGAUCAAGGCCUACGGCAAGGCCUACCCUUGGUCCGACGGGAGAGAUUUGGGCAAGAGCACGGCGAACUUCCCGCUCGGCGCAUCCCGGCGUCCCGACGCGACUCGUCUCCAGGAAUGAUGGAAGUGACAUGUGUCACACGCAGGCGAAUCCAAGGCCCUCGCGUCGUACAAGGCCGGCAUGGUCGACGACAAGGGCAAGCCCUUAGAUCCGCCCCACCCGAAGUCGGGCGAAGGCUUGAUCUUCCUGGGACUCAUGGCCCUCGUCGACCCGCCGCGCGAGGCCGUGCCGGGCGCCGUCGCGAAGUGCAAAACAGCCGGCAUCAAGGUCAUCAUGGUCACCGGCGACCACCCGGGCACCGCCGAGGCCAUCGCGUACAAAGUGGGCAUCCUCUGGAGUCCGACGGCGCGGAAGAUCGAGGAGAUGAACGCGGCCGAAGGUCCGCUCUCCGCGUUUUGAAGUGUAGAGGCGCCUUCACGCCAUCGACGCGACUCGUCUCCGGGAGUGGUGGACGUGGGUCGUUUGUUUUUCGAUUUCGAGCCGAUUCGGACCGCGUCAGGGCCGUGCGGCGUGUCAGAGAGUACGCGGUCGCCGCGACGGCGUCGACGCGAUGCCGCGCCGCCUCGACGCCGUCGUGAUCAUCACACGAGAGUCAACGCAUCUGUACGACGCAGGCCUCCAGCCCGGCGACGUCGGCUACCAGGACCCGGCCCUCGCGCAAGCCAUCGUCGUGCCGGGCUGGGAGAUUAGUGAUGACGACCCCGUCGCGAAGUGGGACGCGAUCCUCGCGCACCCGCAGAUCGUGUUUGCUCGUACGAGCCCCCAACAAAAGCUCGUCAUCGUGGGCAACUGCCAGCGCGUCGGCCACGUCGUCGCCGUCACGGGCGACGGGGUGAACGACUCGCCGGCGCUCAAGAAGGCGGACAUCGGCGUCGCGAUGGGCAUCGCGGGCACGCCGGUCACGAAGAACGCCGUGCGUAUCUCGGCGUCCCAUUGUGUAGAGGCGCCUUCACGCCAUCGACGCGACUCGUAUCCAUCAGACGAGGUCGUUGGUGGUUUAUUUUUCGAAUCUGAGCCAUUUCGGACCGUGUCGAGCCGGAGUCACGAUGUCGGUCCGAAUCAACUCGAAAUCGGAAAUAAAACCACCCACCACCUCGUCUGACGGACACGAGUCGCGUCGACGCCGCGAGAGUGCCCAAACACCGCGGCAACACGCGAAACCGCCGCCACACGCAGGCGGACAUGAUCCUCCUCGACGACAACUUCGCGAGUAUUGUGGCCGGCGUCGAGGAAGGGCGUUUGAUCUUCGACAACCUCAAGAAGUCCAUCUGUUAUACAUUAACCUCAAAUAUCCCCGAGAUCUCGCCGUUUCUCUGUUGGAUCGUCUUCCUCACGCCGAUGCCCCUCUCCACCGUGCUGAUCCUGGCGAUCGACUUGGGGACGGACAUGGUCCCGGCCAUCUCCAUGGCGUAUGAAGAUGCGGAAGCGGACAUCAUGAAGCGGCCGCCGCGCAACGCCGCAUGCUAUCGGUGUGGAAAUCGACGAGUGAGUCAGGUUAUCUUCGCGUCGACGGCGUCUGGGAGCGUCGUUCGACGCCAUCGACGCGAUCCUCGCUUCUCGCCGCGUGCGAGCGGUCGCGUCUCGCGAUCUCGGCACCGCGGCCCUGGUUUCGGCCCAAACUCGGACACGACGCCCCUUCGAUACAAUCGACCGUAUCCAGAGAGCCGCACCUCGCUCCGACCACGAGAGACCCCGAAUUGAAGUAUAACUUGAACUUUCACGCAGGCCACGGACCACCUCGUGACCGGGAAACUCAUGUGCCUCGCCUAUCUACAAAUAGGCGUCAUGCAGGCCCUGGCCGGUUUUUACGCGUGGAUGCUCGUCCUGAACGACUAUGGAUUUCCUCCGGUGGUCUUGGUGGGCAACCCGGGCGCGACGGCGCCGACGGGCAAGCUAGGGUUUUUCGCCGACCAGGUCAUGUACUGCAAGUUCAAGGGCGGCCAGUACGUGAACGCCCUCGGUCAGGUGGACGAGGGCCAGGUCAUCGCGGGCGACAAGGACCCGUGGGCCGGCUCCGUCAGCGUCGGAGCUGGAUUGAGAAGGGACCCGUCGGAGGUCGGCCCGAGAAGGCAGUACCCGUUGUGGGAUCGAGGCGACGCGGGCUAUCUGGAGUCCUGCUCCUUCGCGGCGAAGAACUUUAACGGCCGGCGCGCGGCCCCGAAGGCCGGUCAGACGUGGAGCGGCGGCUUCGACUACCGCGACGCGGACACCUACAAGCGGAGGACGGACGGCCAGCCCCUGCCGACGGUCGAGUCGAUCUACGCCCUGCAGUCCCAGAAGUAUUUUGAAUAUGUGCCCUGGCGCGGCCGCAUGUCGGAGUUCUGGGACAGCAAGUGGCUCGCCUGGGACAUCACGCGGAGCGAAUUCAAACUGGCCAAGGGCGCCAAGGCCGGCGUAUUGGGAUACAAGAACAACAAGAAGGCGGCAACCUUCAGUUUCCUCGGCCAGCCGCCGGGCGUCUGGAGCGUUUGUCUGGGCAACGACGGCAAUCUCCAGGGCAAGGAGACGGACUCGGACCUGGUGAAGCUGCCCAAGAUGGACCAGCUCUACAAGGGCGUCAAGAUGGAACACGUCGACCUGCCGACGACCUGUGCGGGCGAGACGAAGUACCGGACGUGGUACAAGGACGCCGUCUUCUGCAACGGCGGCUACGACGCGAACGGCGACGCGAAGGGCGGCGCCGGCUGCGCGGACCUGGACGACGUGACGGCCAACCUCUUCUACUGCAAGCCCACGGACGGCGUUCCCUCUUGCAGACCCGACUGCGAGUCCGCGUCCCCGGCGGAGAUCGCGGCCGACAUCGCGGCCCACCCCAAGGCCGAGGACCGCACGAUCAAGCAGUGCCAGAACGUGGCCUCGCGCAUGGUCCAGAAGAACGCUUUGAUGCAUUCUCAGGCCGCGUAUUGGGUCAGUAUUGUGGUCGUGCAGUGGGCGGACCUGUUGAUCUGCAAGACGCGCUGGCUGUCGAUCAAGCAGCAGGGCCUGCGGAACUCGGUCCUGAACUUCGGGCUCUUCUUCGAGACGUUAUUGGCCGCCUGGCUGUGCUACGGCGGUAUUUUUAGCGUGCUCGGCGGGGUGGACAUCAAAUUUUUACGGCGCGUUCGUGCUGAAGCGUCGCGUCGUCCUCCACGCCAUCUUCAUGAUACCUGCUCGAUGGCGUGGCGAUGCCGGUUCUUUAUUGCUCGACCAGGACGGCCGCGCCAUCGCCGAGCAAUGACUUGGCAUCCGACACACUGGUUGAUUUCCACACAGGUGCUCGGCACGCAACCCAUAAGGUUCACGCACUGGAUGCCGGGCGUGCCCUGGUCCAUGAUGAUCUUCAUGUACGCCGCGGCGUUUUACUUAUUCUCUUUCGCCUCGACGGCGCCGGGGCGGGAGCACGCCGCGUCGAGGGACGAGAGGACAACGCCGACGCGGCGACGCCGCCGGGCGCGAGAGCAGGGACGAGAGGAGACCUCAACCACACGAAAACGCAGGUACGACGAGACGCGCAAGUACAUGAUGCGGGCGACGUCGCCCGAGGUCGUCGACGCGGUCACGGGCGCGAUCAAGCGCCAGGCCGGCUGGAUCGAGAAGUCGACCUACUACUAGUUGGACCCGGCGCGCAAUUCCCCUCCCCCCCCCC